CCCCCCCCCCCCUUUGUGCACGUUGUCUUUGUCCGCACUCGCCGCUCUUUGUAGGCUCCACCGCUUGAAACAUCACGACGCCAGGUCUGGCCAUUCCGGGGUCAACCCUCUGUCGACCAGGAACCAGGGUUUCCCUCCCGUGCUGCCAUCGUAACCAGCCCCCGGCAUCUUCGCAGCUCGACUUUUCUAGAACAUCUCCGUCUUCCCCAAACCAUCUCUCUUUUUAGUUCGUCUUUUAGUUUCCUGCGCUUUGGCCACAAGGGAUCCGAGAUCCAGUCCAUUCGCUUCCAAAACACUGCUCAGGCUCACACCCUGAGCCAGAGACAUCCUGCGGCUUAGCCCAGACACCCAAUCAUUCUCGGGCUCGUCCAACGCAUAGGCUUCGGACGGUAGCAUUCCCUGGGGGACACCACGCGAGGAGCUGUCUCAGACCUUGCCAGGCCACCCCCUCCUGACGUCGCGCGGCGUCUUCCCACAAGUAAUGUCCAGCGCGCCAAUCUCACCUCGAAAUCCCACCAGGAUGGGCUUCAUACCCAUCAACCACGGAAGGCCCUCAGAAGGCGACAACGAGAUUCCCUUGACCCAGAUACGAACAAACGCGUCAACCGGCGCCCGCAAGCCAGCCAUGGGUUCGGCCAGCGACGAGAAGCGCUCUCUCUUUCGGGGCAACGAAGGUCGCGGUCCCGGCCGCCGCAAAAUCAAGAAGGACCUCGCGGAUCAGGGCCGGAGAGGCACCAGUGGCUCCGAUGAUGUCGCCCUCAACGCCAUGGGUCGCAUCUACAACAAGAUCGUCGGGUUCUCCUCCGUUACCCGGUAUCUCGUCUACGUCGUGCCCGUCGCACUGAUCCUCGCCGUUCCUGUUGUGGUGCUCGUGGCCACUGAAAACCUGCAAAAGAUACCCAUCGGCGAGUUGAGGACACUAAAGGCCGGCCAAACCGACGCCAGCAACCCCGAGAACCUGGACAUUCUCCAGGGGCCUCCUCUGUUCGAGCUCAUGCUGUGGAUUCUGAUGUCGUGGAUGGCUCUCUGGGUCGGCAAGAUCGUCGCCCACUUGCUCCCUGGAGUCUUCAUGUUCUUGUGCGGUGUCGUCAGCUCCGGCACUCGCAAGUACGCUACCGUCAUCCGCGCGCUUGAGAUCCCGCUCUCGCUCUUCUUCUGGGGUCUUUCGUCAUACCUCACCUUCACCUUUCGCAUCGUUAACCAGCAAGGCUGGGAUCGCAUCGGCUGGGUCGACGUCAUGCGCAAAAUUCUUGGCGCCAGCUUCAUCUCGGCCGGUGUUUUCCUGGCUGAGAAGACCAUAGUGCAGCUCAUUAGUAUCACCUACCACCAGAGGUCCUUUGCCAACCGCAUCAAGGAUUCCAAGCGCGAUGUAUACCUCCUCGGUCUGCUUUACGACGCCUCCCGUACCCUCUUCCCCAUGUACUGCCCAGAGUUCGAAGAGGAGGACAACAUCAUCAACGAUAGUAUCGAUAGACUCCUCGCCGGCGGCAGGGGUCAGAAUGGAGCCGGAGCCGGCCACCCCAUGCGCCUGAUCGGAAAUGUUGGCGCCAACGUCGGCCGCAUCGGUGACAAGAUCACGUCGGUCUUUGGCAACGUGGCUUCCGAGAUUACCGGAAAGCAAGUUUUCAGCCCCAACUCGGCCCACUCCAUCGUUGUUGAAGCUCUGGAGAAGCGGCAUACUUCCGAGGCCCUCGCCAAGCGUAUCUGGAUGUCGUUCGUGGUAGAGGGGUAUGACACCCUGAGCCAGGACGAUAUCUCCGAGGUUCUGGGUUCUGCGCACGAGCAAGAGGCCAUCGAGGCUUUUGAGGCCAUCGACGCCGACGGGAAUGGCGACAUCAGCCUAGAGGAGAUGAGACUCAAGGUCGUCGAGAUUGGCGUCGAGCGCAAGGCCAUCUCGAACAGCAUGAAGGACAUUGGCCAGGCCCUUGGUGUCUUUGACGAGAUCCUGCUAUUUGUCGUCCUCCUAAUCGUCAUCUUCAUCUUCCUAGCCUGGUUCCAGAGCGACUUCAUCACGCGCCUGGCCACUGCCGGCACUGCCUUUCUCUCGCUCUCUUUCGUCUUUGCCGUCACCACGCAGGAGUUCCUCGGAUCGUGCAUCUUCCUCUUCGUCAAGCACCCCUACGAUGUCGGCGACCGCGUUGACAUCACCGGCCAGUCGCUUCUUGUUGAGCGCAUCUCGCUGCUCUACACCAUCUUUACCCGCAUCGACAAGAUGGAGGUUGUUCAGGUCCCAAACAUUGUCCUUAACAACUUGUGGAUCGAGAACGUGACACGCAGCAAGGCCAUGAAAGAGACCCUUGACGUCAAUGUCUCGUUCGACACCAGCUUCGAGGACAUCGAGCUGCUCCGCAAAGAGAUGGAGAAGUUUGUGCGCCACCCCGACAACUCUCGCGACUUCAUGCCAGACUUCUCUAUCAGCAUUGGCAGCGUCAACGACCUGGACAAGAUGACGCUCAAGGUGAUCAUUAAACACAAGUCGAACUGGCAUAACGAUGCUGUCCGUGCCGCCCGCCGCUCCAAGUUUGUUUGCGCCCUGGCUUUGGCACUGAAGCGCGUCCCCAUCUACGGCCCUGGUGGUGGUGGCGAGCCGCUUGGCGGCGCGCUCAACCCGGCGUACUCGGUCGCUGUCGAUGAUAAGUAUGCCGUAGCGGCACGCGCCAAGGCCGACCAGGAUAAGGAUGCAAAGCGCAUGGUGCCCACGCCGAGCGAAGAGGCUGCGGCUGAAGAGCUGAACGUGCGCGACGGAGGAGUGCUGGGUGCGGGUGCCUUUGGCGGCAACCGAGAUGACGAUCCCGACUCGCCGGAGGCCUCUGAGCGCAGGGACCACAUGGGGCAAGGAUUCCAGAAGCAUGUCAGCCAGCGCGGUGGUCGCAGACAGGCGGGUCAGACGCUGCCUACCGGAGACGACGGCAGCGCUCCUCUGCUCUCGCCUACUCGCGCCCCGACAAUCACACGCAACGGCGCCUCACUUGACGUUGAGCGCGGUAACGGCGGUCUAGCCCCCGGCCGCGCCGCCUCGGUUGCUAGUAACAGGUCGAACCCCUACUACGGCGCAGCCGGCGUGAUCCCACCCACGGGAUCCGGUGCCGCGGCAGCCAACUACGCUCAGGUCCAGCAGACGUCGCCCCAAAGCGGCCAGGCUCAACAACAAGGCUAUAGUGUUUUCCCCCGCCAGCAGUACUCGCCGCCUGGGUCCAGCCACGGCACCUUUUCUGGAUCAUCCCAGACAGGGAUGCCACUCCACCCUCUCCAGGCCGCGCCGCCUGGACGGCCGAGAGGACCCAGCGUAUCCUCCAACUUCCGCGGCCAGCAGCCUCCGCCACCUCCGGGACCCCAGCGAUAGGUGAGGAGUAGAACGGCUGCCAGUCUAAUUAGGUUGAUGGCAGACUAGGCCAUCUUCGCGGUACGAUUUCUAAUAUCUAUUCUGUGCCGGCGGUCAGCAUGACUUGUAUGAUAUUGUGUUUCCUUUUCGUAUUAUUCUCCAAUCUCUCACUAAGCGUCCUGCACAGCGCUGAGCGUGCCAGAGAUAGGGAGGGAUACAGUUGGCACGCCAACUUUUUUUUUCCUAGCGUUGAUUUCCGCAAAGAAUAUUGUCUUCUAAAUGUAGGGAAAGAAGUUAAACUCCCAGAUACACUGGCCGGAAUUCCCGGCUCUAGAGAAACCUUAGACCAAAAGCUUAUGCACAUCAAAUUGGUUUGGGAGAUAAAGCAGAAC